UGCAAAAUAAAAUAAAUUUUAAGAUAAGAAAAAAGAUGAAGGUGUGAAUAUCUUAAACCUCAAAGCCAUACCGCCGCCGAUACCCGCAAUCCCUCCCUCCUUCCAUCCAUCAUCUUCUGCAACUGCAACUCCGCAGGUGUGUGGUUGUAAAGUAAUCAGAGCGGGAGUGGCUACAACCCUACAACCCUACAACGUACAAACAAGAAGGGAAGAUGGAAGAAAUUACAGCGAAACUGCAAGUAGCUGCCCUGUUGGUUGUAACAUAUGUUUCUUGUUUGUUUACUGUAUUUAGUUUCUUACUACUUCCUGGUGGUGCUGAUAGUUUCAUUUAUGUACAAAGUUACAUCAGAAGUCAAACAACACUGGGACUGUGAUUUCUGUUCAUUACUUAUCACCAUUUCCAGUUAAUGGGUUCUUGGGAAUCAUACAACCAGAAAAUGGUGAGUUCACAGAUGAGUGGGUCUGGGUGUCUCAGGUCCUUGAUGCUCGCUCUAAACCAAUUCCCUGAGCCUCUGUUUUCCCAUCGCUUCCCGCGUCAUUUCAGAAACCAACUCACUCUCACAACCAAACCCGCCUCAUUUAUCAAUCCUCACAAGUGCUUUUGUGGGAAUGUCACAAGGUUGAGCUCGGCAGAAUAUAGUAACGCAGCACCGAAAGCCCAUAUCUUCGAUGGUAGUCUAGUUCAUCAAAAUGAAAGUAAUCCAAAGGGGAUUGAAUUCCUGCAUUCGGUGGAAGCACAUUGCGUUCGUGCUAAUUGUCAGACUUAUAUUUGGCUUUUAAAAGGGUGCUCAAGUUCUGGGUCCUUGUUAGAUUCUAAGAAGCUUCACUCUACGAUUCUGAAGCUGGGUUUUGAUGCCGAACAGGUAAUAUGUGAUGGCCUCACUGAUGCUUAUCUUGCCAGUGGUGAUUUAGAUGGUGCGGUUAAGGUUUUCGAUGACAUGCCCCACAGAAGUUCAUUUUCAUGGAAUAACAUAAUUCAUGGUUUUCUUGCAAAGAAGUUGACCAGCCACGUAUUGGAUCUCUUUUCUCGAAUGAUAGCAGAUAAUGUGCAUCCUGAUGAGACCACGUUUGCCUGGGUUUUAAGGGCAUGUGGUGGGGGUAAUGUCCGUUUCCAAUAUAUUGAACAGAUUCAUACAAGGAUUAUAUGUCAUGGUUUUGGUACUAAUUUGCUCGUAUGUAAUCCCUUAAUUGAUUUGUAUGCCAAAAAAGGGUAUGUGGAUUAUGCUAAAAAGGUCUUUGAUAAAUUAUAUCUAAGGGAUAGUGUUUCUUGGGUGGCCAUGAUUUCUGGUUUAUCUCAGAAUGGACGGGAAAAAGAAGCAGUUCUCUUAUUCAUUCAUAUGCAAACAUCAGGAAUUUUACCCACUCCUUAUGUAUUCUCGAGCGUACUAAGUGCCUGCACCAAAAUAGAGUUAUUUGAGAUGGGAGCACAGCUGCAUGGCCUUAUUUUCAAGGGGGGAUUUUCUUGUGAAACAUAUGUAUGCAAUGCACUUGUGACAUUAUAUUCCCGCUCAGGGAACUUCAUAUCUGCUGAAGAAAUUUUCAAAACAAUGAUCCACAGGGAUGCAGUAUCUUAUAACUCACUGAUCUCUGGGCUAGCUCAGCGUGGGUAUAGUGAUAGAGCAUUGGAAUUGUUCAAAAGAAUGCAGAUUGAUUGUUUGGAACCAGACUGUGUUACAAUUGCUAGUCUUUUGAGUGCCUGCGCAGAUGUUGGUGCUCUGCAUAAGGGAACACAACUCCACUCACUUGCAAUAAAAGCGGGAAUGUCAUCAGAUAUCAUCCUUGAAGGCUCUCUGCUUGAUCUUUAUGUGAAAUGCUCUGAUGUGCAAACUGCCUAUGAGUUUUUCCUUACUACAGAGACAGAAAAUGUUGUCCUGUGGAAUGUGAUGUUAGUUGCUUAUGGUCAGCUAGAUGAUCUUAAUGAAUCAUUUCAUAUUUUUAGGCAAAUGCAUAUUGAGGGCAUGAUUCCUAAUCAAUACACCUACCCUAGUAUUCUGAGAACCUGUACCUCUGUCGGAGCUCUCAAUUUAGGAGAACAAAUACAUACUCAAGUUAUAAAAACUGGUUUUCAUUUAAAUGUUUAUGUCUGCAGUGUGCUUAUUGAUAUGUAUGCUAAGCAUGGGAAAUUGGAUACUGCCCUGAAAAUUCUCAGUAGACUCACUGAGGAUGAUGUUGUGUCUUGGACUGCUAUGAUCGCAGGGUAUGCACAGCAUGAUUUAUUUUCGGAAUCUCUUAUACUUUUUGAAGAAAUGCAAAAGAGAGGAAUUCGAUCUGACAACAUAGGAUUUUCAAGUGCAAUAAGUGCAUGUGCUGGUAUUCAAGCACUCAAUCAAGGAAGACAAAUUCAUGCUCAGUCGUGUGUGUCUGGUUGUUCAGAUGACCUGUCAGUCGGAAAUGCACUUGUUACCCUGUAUGCCAGAUGUGGUAGAAUAUUGGAAGCAUACCAUGCAUUUGAGGCAAUUGAUGCUAAAGAUAAUAUAUCAUGGAAUGGAUUGAUAUCUGGGUUUGCACAGAGUGGGUACUUUGAGGAAGCACUGCAGGUAUUUAAUCGGAUGAAUAAAGCUGGAGUAGAAGCUAAUUUGUUCACAUUUGGCUCUGCAAUUAGUGCUGCUGCUAAUUUAGCAAAUAUAAAACAAGGAGAGCAGAUCCAUGCUGCAAUUAUAAAAACUGGGAAGAAUUCCGAAACUGAGGUUUCCAAUGCUUUAAUCACAUUGUACUCGAAGUGUGGUAGCAUUAAUGAUGCCAAUAAAGAGUUUUCUGAAAUGCCUGAAAAGAAUGAGAUUUCUUGGAAUGCCAUGAUUACUGGCUAUUCUCAACAUGGGCGCGGUGUUGAAUCAAUACAUCUAUUUGAGGAGAUGAAACAACUUGGUGUAGCACCAAGCCACGUCACAUUUGUGGGAGUACUUUCAGCCUGUAGCCAUGUAGGCUUGGUAGAUGAAGGGCUUGGUUACUUCGAAUCCAUGAGCAAAGAGCAUGGGUUAGUGCCUAAGCCUGAACAUUAUGCUUGUGUUGUUGAUCUUCUAGGGCGAGCUGGUUCUUUGAGCUCUGCAAGAAAAUUUAUAAAGGAGAUGCCAAUGAAACCAGAUGCAAUGAUUUGGAGGACGCUCUUAAGUGCAUGUAUAACUCAUAAGAACACAGAAAUUGGAGAGUUUGCUGCCCAUCAUCUUCUAGAACUGGAACCUGAAGACUCAGCAACUUACGUUCUCCUAUCAAAUAUGUAUGCAGUAGCAGGAAUGUGGGGUUGUAGGGAUCAGACGAGGCAAUUAAUGAAGGAAAGGGGUGUGAAGAAAGAGCCUGGUCGUAGCUGGAUUGAGGUAAAAAACUCAGUUCAUGCAUUCUUUGUUGGUGACAAACUGCACCCGCGUGCAGAUAAGAUUUAUGAAUUCUUAGGGGAUUUGAAUGAGCGGGCAGCUGAAAUUGGUUAUGUUGAAGACCGUUACAACCUUUGGAAUGAAAUAGAGCAGCAGCAGAAAGAUCCGACUGAGUAUAUUCACAGUGAGAAAUUGGCAAUCUCUUUUGGCCUACUCAGCUUAUCUAAUACGAUCCCUAUACGUGUAAUUAAGAAUCUUCGUGUUUGUAAUGAUUGCCAUAAUUGGAUCAAGUACAUGUCAAAGAUUUCGGAUCGAACUAUCAUAGUACGGGAUGCUUAUCGUUUUCAUCAUUUCAAAGAUGGUGUUUGUUCUUGUAGAGAUUACUGGUAAGAUUGUCAAAAGCUUACCGGAAUCCGUGUUUCCAUCGAGGAUUUCAAAUCACUUUAUUGUCCUAUGAUUGAGUCGAUUCAAGUUUCCUCUAAUAGAAGACCAAGACAAACAAAAACAAAGCUUCUGUCAUGUGAACUAGCUUGGAUAUUUGGACCAGUUCAAAUUUCCGUGACCAAUUUCUGCCAGCAGUGCUGCUUUUUGGAAUUUGAAUUUUUAAGGACUUGGUGACAAUUGUUGAUGCUCACUCCAGGAGAUGAUUGUCUUAUUUUUAAAGCCCUGGAAAAGGGUAAAGAAAAGAAGUAAGCUUGGACCAAAAGAGGGCCUGCCACCUGCAGCAUCCUGGAACAGAAACACUUGGAGACCAGCCAGAGGCUGAUGGUGGAUUUGAAGUUCUAUCAUGAUUGAGGCUAACAUUCACAAACCAAUUGGUGCGGAAGACCCUGCGAGAAUAUCGUAUCUACAGUUUACUUGGUUGCAGGCUGGAUCUCAGGCAAAUUGCGUUGCAAGCUCGGAACGCAGAAUACAACCCCAAGCAUUUUGCCGCUUUCAUUAUUAGAAUAAGGGAACUAAAAACUACAGCGUUGAUUUUUGCCUCUGGGAAGAGGGUAUGCACAGGAACGAAAAGUGAACAGCAAUCAGAAGUGGCAGCAAGGAAGGAUUUCAAGAUUCAAAAUAUUGUUGGCUCCUGUGAUGUUAAAUUCCCUAUAAGACUUGAGCGUCUUGCAUACUCUUCCAUGGGGCCUUUUCAAGUUAUGAACCGGAACGUUUUCCAGGGCUGAUCUAUCGCAUGAAGCAGCCGAAGAUUGUUCUUCUUAUAUUUGUCAGGGAAAAUUGUUAUUACGGGUGCAAAGGUAAGAGAGGACACGUAUAAGGCCUUUGAGAACACAUCCCCUGUCCUUACAGAGUUCAGGAAGGUCGAGCAAUGGUGCAUCUCCCUCACUCUCCCAAGAGCAAAAAAAAAAAAUCUGUUACUCGAUGAAAUCUUAAUUUUG